GCGCAUUAGUUGCAUAUUGCACUUAAAUUGGUAGUUUUAUUGCUAAUCCGGUGUCGGGUGACGUUCGAGUUAUUGAAAUUUGGUGUGAAAAGGCGGCUAAUUGUGUCAAGUGGAGCUGAACAUUGGGGACGUUUAUAUUAUUUUGGGAGAAGAGGUUGCUCGUGGAAAGAUUUCGUUUAUCUUUUUUACAUAAGAAACUUCAGUUUACGUAUCAAGGUGUCAUGGAUUAGGUUAGCGAUAUUAGCGUACACUUUUAAGCAGCUACCAAAAAUUUCAGUAAUAAUUCCCUAGUGAAAUUUCUAUAUAAACCAAAAUGGUAAAUUUCGAAGAAACACCAACAAUACCCGAAUAUUUUCGAGGAAAGAAGAUUUUUAUCACCGGGGGAUCCGGAUUUAUGGGAAAAGUUUUAAUCGAAAAAAUAUUACGAAGCUGUCCGGAUAUUUCCAAUAUCUACGUACUUAUGAGGUCUAAAAAAGGCAAAAGUCCAGAAGAAAGGAUUAAAAUUAUGACCGAUACUCCACUUUUUAACAGGUUAAAACAGGAAAAUCCAGAAAAUAUUAAAAAAAUCACACCAAUACUGGGCGACGUCACAGAAAUUGGAUUAGGUCUAUCUCCAGAAUCAAGAAAACUUCUAAUUGAUGAAGUUAAUAUUGUAUAUCAUGCCGCAGCCUCAGUCCGAUUUGAUGAUCCCCUUAAAGAUGCUCUCUUAAUGAACACAAGGGGAACAAGGGAAGUGGUCCACUUAUCUAGAGAAAUUAAGAAUUUGGAAAUCUUGGUUCAUGUUUCUACUACCUAUUGCCAAACUGAUAAAAAAGUAAUUGAAGAAAAAGUAUAUCCAGUCCAAGCAGACUGGAGAGAGGCGAUCAGAGCAGCCGAACAUGUAGAUCCACACAUUCUAAAUAUUUUAACUCCUCACUACAUGGGUGCUAUGCCAAAUACUUACACAUUUACUAAAAGUUUGUCAGAACAUGUUGUUAAUGAUUUGUGUGAUGGACAGAUACCUACUGUUAUAUUUAGGCCAUCUAUCGUAAUAUCCACAAUGGAAGAUCCAGUAGCGGGGUGGAUUGACAACUUUAACGGCCCAGUAGGCAUACUAGUUGCAAGUGGAAAGGGUAUUUUAAGGUCUGUAUAUACACAGCCUAACCUCACUGCAGACUAUAUACCAGUGGACCUCGUCAUAAAAGGAAUAAUAAUUUCAACAUGGGCUAAGGCAAUUGAGAAAAAUUACGAAGAAAAACUACGAGUUUCAGUUUAUAAUGCAAGCAAUAAUAACAUUAAUAAUAUAACCAUCAAACAGCUUGUUGACAUUGGAAGAGGUCUAUGUUAUGAUUACCCCUUGAAUAAUACGUUAUGGUAUCCAUCGGGGUGCGUGACAACCUGCUACCCAAACCAUUUCUUAAGGGUGAUAUUUUUCCAUAUCCUCCCAGCUCUUUUUAUUGACGGGUUAUUAAAGUUAACAGGACAAAAGCCAAUGCUAUUAAAAAUCCAAAGAAAAAUCUACAUAGCUAAUAUGGCGUUACAGUAUUUUAUAACGCAGGAGUGGACGUUCAUAAAUGACAAGACAGCCAAAUUGGAAGACUUGUUGUCUCCGGAGGAUAAGAAACUGUUUGGUUAUGGGCGAAAAGAUAUCGACCCAUUGGAAUAUUUUACAAAUGCCCUUAUGGGAACUCGACGUUAUUUGUUAAAAGAGGACGAUAGUACCAUGGAACAGGCCAAAGUUCAUAGUAAAAGGAUGUAUGUGCUCUACAUUCUGUUCAAUGGCCUUUGGUAUUUGGGGAUGUUUUACCUCAUAUUCUUCCAAUUGGACCUAUUGGGACAUCUUGGAAACGUUAUUGAUAGAGCGUAUGAUUAUAUUAGAGAACUGUAAGAAUACAGCCUACAACAAAUUUAUUUAAUCAGGAUCUUAUAAUUGUAAUAUAAUGAUGUUAUAAGUUUUUAUAAUAAUAAAUACUUUUUAAGUUU